GCGGUCACCUGCUGGAAAUCUGAAGCGAACAAGGAAGUCUAGCUCUGAAGAUUGGAUGUCAGGCUAAAGGAAAACAAAAUACAUCUCAGCAGUGUAGUAGUCUUCUGCCGUCAGCUGUUUGCUCCAUCGGCGUGACAAGAUGUUUAAAAAACUGAAGCAGAGGAUAAACGAGGAGCAGUCCCCACUGAGGAAUGCGCAGUCACCACAGCAGGCCCAGAUGGGCGGUGGAGAGCGGCGCAGUAGCCAGACUCCCCCCUUGCAUCAGGAUGGCUCACCGUUACCCAGUGACAGAGAGAUGCUGGCCGGGAUGAUAGCAGAGCCCGCUUUUCUCUCUGAGUAUACUAUCUUUGCUCUGGACCAUUCAAAACGACCCAAAACGGCCCAGGUAGCCAGUGUGAGUGCCUCUAAAGGACCGUCCCGAUCUCCCAGAGGAAGCAUCAACGGUGAUGGAAGUGCCUCUCCUCAUAGAGAGGAAACGCAGUCCUUUGCCCAGAAACUGCAGUUAAAAGUUCCCUCAAUGGAGUCGCUAAUUCGUGGCGGUGCCAGUCGAGCUGAAAAUCUCUUCCGCUCUCCCUCCAAAGACAAUCUGACCCGAAGCUCCUCACGUGACUCGCUGACACCUGUAGGAGAAAAUGACUCACCUGGCGUCCCCACAUACGAUCCACCAUCAGAUAUUGAGAGUGAAGCUGAGGAGCCUCCAGGAACUGCAGAGUCUCUCACCAAAGAGCAGCUUUUGCACCGGCUGCUUCGAGUGGAGAGGAGCCUCGGGAAAUACAGGGGGAAGUACUCAGAGCUUGUUACUGCGUACCGAACAGUGCAACGAGACAAAGAGAAAACCCAGGUCAUCCUCAGUCAGAGUCAAGAUAAAGCUCUGCGCAGGAUAGGAGAGCUGCGGGAGGAGCUUCAAAUGGACCAGCAGGCCAAGAAACACCUGCAGGACGAGUUUGAUGCUGCUCUAGAGGAGAAAGACCAGAUGAUCACUGUGCUUCAGACACAGGUUGCUCUGUUGAAAAAACGAAUGAAGGCAGUCUCUGACGGUGCAGUGCCACCUGAGGGUGAUGCACAGCAAUCUGAGGAUGCUUCAGACUCUUCUUCGACACAAAGUCCAUCAAAGGAGGAAGGAGUAGAGUCAGAAGCCACUGAGGGAGAGGGCAACAGUGAUCCAGCCAAAGUCAUGGAGGCUCUGCAGAAAAGAGUGAAGCGGCAGGAAAACCUUCUGCAGAAAUGCAAAGAAGUGAUGCGCACACACAAAGAGCGGAGCGCCCAGCUGGGAACUGAGAAUGAAACUCUGCAGGAGCAGCUGCAGGAGAGACUGCAAGAGCUGGAGAAGAUGAAGGAGCUGCACACGACAGAAAAGACAAAGCUGAUCACUCAGCUGCGUGAUGCUAAGAAUCUCAUCGAGCAGUUGGAGCAGGACAAGGGAAUGGUCAUCGCUGAGACAAAGCGGCAGAUGCAUGAGACUCUGGAAAUGAAAGAGGAGGAGGUCGCACAGCUCCGCUCCCGGCUCCAGCAGGCUACCGCCCAGAGGGAUGAAUUACAGGAACAGAAAGAAAAGGCUGAGAAAUCAGCAUUUGAAGAACUCGAGCGGGCGCUGGGUGUAGCUCAGAGGGCAGAGGAGGCCAAAAAACAGCUGCAGGUUCAGCUGGAGGAGCAAAUGAAGGAGUUAGAAAGGGCAAGUGAGGAGGAGAGGAAGACUCUGCAGCAGGAACUCACACGAGUCAAACAGGAGGUCGUCAUCAUCAUGAAGAAAUCAUCAGAGGAAACAGUUGCCAAUCUGGAAAAACUCCACACUGAAGCUUUGGCGGCGAAAGAGGAAGAGACAACUGCCAGAAUCAGCAAAGCUGUGGAGCAAUGCAAAGAGGAAUUUUUACAGUUGGGUAAGGAGCGAGAGCAGCAGGCGUCUCUGGCUCUCGAGGAUGUGGAGCUGCAGAAAAAUGCUCUGAGGACCGAAGCCGACAACAGGGUGAAAGAGAUACAAGUGGAGCUGGAAGCUGCAAAAACUAGGGUAAUGGAGCUUGAGAGCUCGCUGGAGAAAAUCUCACAGGAUGGCUCAAGUCUGUCCCAUGAACUUUCCAGUCAGCUGGCCGAGCUAAAGGAAAAACACAAAGAGCAAAUCUCUGCAUUAGAGGAAAAGCACCAUGAGCAGCUGGAAAAGCACAAGGGCACCCUAACCCAGCAGCAUAAUGCUGACCUUGAGGAGCUGAAGGAAAAACACAAAGCUGAAGUGGAGAGCCUUCUGAAAGAUAAAGAACUGCACUUCCAAGCACAUGUUGAAGACAUGAACCAGAAAACUUUGGAGAAACUGGAUGCAAAGCAGGCAGAGCUGGAGGCUGUUUCCGCUGAACUUUCUGAGGGUUUGAAGAAACAACAACUUCUGGAGGAGAAAUUGGUGGCAGCUGAAGAUUCUCACCAUUUAGCUCAACAGGAACAUGAGAAGAGGCUUCAAGAUCUGGAGGCAAAGCACAAUUUAGAGCUUGUGAAUAUUAAAAAGGAGCAUGAGCAGUCACUAGGAGGAGUAGAGAAAACUCUGAAGGAGGAACUCAAUGCCAUGAAGAUUGUUGUGAGGGAAAGGCAGAAGGAGACCGAAGACCUUAUGCUUAGAGAAAAAACACUACAAGAGGAAUCAAAUUCCACUGUGCAAGAAUUAAACCUUAAAGUUAAGCAAUUGGAAGAGCUGCAGCAAUGUUUAUCACAAGCCCAGCUGGACAAUGAGAGCCUAAAGGAAGCUAAUACACAAUUUAGUAACAUGUCAGAGGAUCUUCAUCGAUGUAGGAAGGAUUUGACAGAUAUACAGUGUCAGUUGGAAGAUGCAAGGAGUGAUUGUCAACAAAAGGAGAAGUCACUCCAAGAACUGGAACACCAGUUACAACAGAGCAGAAAUGAGCGCUCAGAGCUGGAGAAGACAUUCACUGCAGACCUGAACACUAAGCAGGAGGAACAAACACGCCUCCAGAAACAGCUGGACGAUGAAAAAGCUGCACAUGAGGAGAAAUUGAAAAACACUGUAACUGAGAUGGAAGCCAAGCUGAAAUCUCAGGAAACAAAAAUGGAAAAGUUUAAGCAAAGAGCCAAAGAAAUGCAGGAGAAUUUUAAGAAAAAGCUGCAACAAAAUGAAGACAACAUGAAGAAGGAGCUUGCAAAGAAGGACAAAGAGCUUCAGCAGAAAGAGCAGCAAGUGCAAGAGAAACUCGUAGAGAUGUCCCAGAAAAGCUCCCAAGGCCUCAGCAGCGCCAUGUCAGAGCUGCAGGCCAACCACAAAGGAGAACUGGAGAAGCUACAUGACUCACAUAAACAUGAGAUCGAGGAGCUGGAGCACCGCUGGAAAGAGAAGUUGGGACAGCAGGAGGAGGAAUUAACAGAGAAACAUUCACAUUUAUUACAGGAAAAGGCUCAGGAAGUGGAGGAAAUAUCUCAGCAACUAAACAGAAGCAAAGAGGAAAAUGAGCAAGUGUUGUGUGAAAUAAAGAACUUAAAGGAGGACCUGGCGAUCCGAGAAACCACCGUGCAGAAGCUGCAGGAAGAGCUGAACGAAGCAGCAGUCAAGCUUGAAAGUUUAUCUCAGGGUGAAGCGUUGCUUAAAGAGCAAAUGGAGUCAGUAGAGAGGAACCUUAACCAAUCUCUUAAUGAGAGAAACUCCCUCCAAGACUUGCUAAACACGACAAAGGAAGAGAGCAGAGAGAAGUUAAAGACCUUGGCAGAUAAACUGGAGGAGACGGAGAAACAGCUUGAGGCAGUGGAAAGCUCUAGAUGCAAAGAAAGUGAAGAGUUGCAGAUUAAAUUUAAGGAAACUGGCUCUCAACUACAAGCAAAGGAAGCAGAGUUACAGCAGCAGCUAAUAAUGAUCAGAAACCAAAUGCAGCAUCACUGCAAGGAGCUUGAGUCUAAGGUGGAUUCUGGAUCAGAUGAACUGUGUCAAAGAGUUGAAUGUAGGUUGAAUGAGCUGAGAGAUAAACUGAUCUGUAGUCAGAAGAAGGUGGGGCAUCUAAGAAACAUUAUCCUUGCUAAAGUAGAUAGAAUUUGCACUUUAGAGGAGAGUCUCCGCCAGCAGAUGGAGGAGAAUAAGAAUCUAUGCAUUUCUUUAGACCAGAUGACAGCUCAGGUAAACGCUCAUACCGAGCAAAUUAAAGCCUUAACACAAGAGAAGGAGAAUCUCUCUCAGUCUAUCAGUGAGAAAGUUCUCAAACUUGAGGAGCUGAGCGAAGCAAACAGUAUCAUAUCCAAAAGUAUGAAAACAAAUGAGUCUGAUAUCAGCAACUUAGAAAGCAUUAUCAGUGACUUGAAAAAUCAGCUAGCAAGUAGCAUCACAGAGAAGGAGGAAGCCAUAAAUCAGCUGAACCAGCAGUAUCAAGAGGAGAGGCGACAGGCCGCAGCUCAGAUGGAGGAGAACAUCGAGAGAUUAGAGCGUGAGAGAAAGUCUGCUCUAGAAGAGGCAGACACCCUCAAGAAGAGUCUGUCUGAGGCAGAGAUGAAGUUCACCCAGAGAGAAAACAUUGUCACAUCUCUGCAGACAAGACUCGAAGAGCUGGAGCGAGAAGUCUCUGCAAAAGAGGAAGCUCUGCAGAGACUGCGAGCGAAUAUCGACAAUCAGUCCAUCAGCAAGUCUGAGAUGGACCAGGUACUGAGUGAGAAGGAGCAGAAGGUCAGUGGACUCACCCUGGAGCUGGAGGGUUGCAUCAGUCGGCUUGGCGAGCUUCAGGAGCAGUUAGCCUUAAAGACAAAAGAGUGCGAACAACUCACAGCUGACCUUAAACAGCAACACAACAUCAGGGAGAGUGAGAAGAGAGAGCUAGUUGAGCAGCUGCAGCAAAGUCAGAUGCAGUGUACACAGAACGGCAAUGUGGAGCAAGAGAUGGUAGAAAAACUGCAUUCACUAGAAGAAGAGUCAAAGCACAAGCUUGAGAGUCAAAGGCAGGAAUUUGAGAAGAUGAAAGAUGAGAUCAUGAAGAGCAAAGAGGAGAGUCUGAAGGAAGCUGAAGAGAGGUUGACUGCAGAGAGCACUCGGAAAGUAUCAGAGCUGAAAAAGAAAGCAGAGCAGAAAAUCAGUCAGAUUAAAAAGCAGCUGAUGUCGCAGCUGGAGGAAAAAGAGCAGGCAAUCAAGGCUCUUCAGACUAGCCUGGAGGAGCUCAAGAGCAAUGAAACUUCAGGAAAACAACACACAGAAACAUUAGAAGAAAAAACAAAAACGCUCGAGGAUGCUCUCACCAAGCUUCAGGAGGAGCAGGAGAAACAGCUCGAACAGAUUCGGAGCGAUGAGCAGCUCCAGAGGGAAAAAUCUUUAGAGGAACUGAAAAACGAAUAUGAGGAGAAGCUGUCAUUGCUUCAAAGAGAUGCAGCACAGCAAGGAGAAGUCAAAGAAACCGAAGAAGCACUACAAAACAUCCAGGCGAAGCUAAAAGAAGCUGAGGAACAGAAUGGAAACCUUCUUGUAGAAAUAAAUCACCUAAAGGAGGAAAUAAGCCAGAAGGAUGCCCAGCUUGAUCAACAUCAGGAUGCAGUCAAGCUGGUCCAAAACUCAUCAGAAACAGAGAUGAUAGUGGAACAUAACAGCAUACAGCAGACCAAAAGCAUGAUGGAAAAUCAUGCUUCGAUACAAGAUGGGGAUGGAGAUGCCCUAGAGGCUCUCCAGGACAAACUGAGUCAAUUGAAGAACGAGAAAGAUAAAAUCCACAAAGACUUCACCAGGCUGCAGAAAGACAUGCGAUCUCUGAGGAAGGAGCACGAACAGGACCUCGACCACAUGAAGAAGGAGCUCUUAGAGGAGAGUGAGAAGAAGAUGAAACUGGAGUUGGAAGAUGUGGAAAUGAAGCACAAUUCUGCUAUCAAGCAAUUAAUGAGGGAGUUUAACACCCAAAUGGCCUUAAAGGAGAAGGAGCUUGAAACAGCAGUGAAGGAGGCCAUUGCAAAGGCCCAGAGUGUCGAAGCAGAGCUCAUCAGCAGCCACCGCGAUGAGGCAAGUCAGCUGAAAAAGCUGAUUGCCCAAAAGGAAGACGAUUUGCACAGAACUGUUCAAAAAUAUGAACAAGUCAUACAGAGUCGAGAGGAGGAGAUGGGAGGCCGAGUGUGGCAGGUCCAGAAAGAGCUGGAGGAGCUUCAAGGAAGGACUCAGGGCACGUCUGAGCUGAGCACAGAGGAACUCAAGGCUCAGCUGGCCGAGAAGACGACCCUGCUGAGCGAGGCUCGGCUGAAGGAGCAGGGCUUUGUGGAGCGAAUUCACUCGCUUGAGGACAAGAUUAAAUGUUUCCACCGGAGCACUGUUGUAACUCAUCUGGGGAGCACUUUCAAAGAUCCUGGUCUCACUGACGCGCUCUCAGAAGCCACAGAGAUCGAGUACCUGAGGAAGGUGCUGUUUGAAUACAUGAUGGGACGGGAAACAAAAACGAUGGCCAAAGUGAUUACCUCCAUGCUCAAGUUUCCUCCAGACCAGGCUCAAAAAGUUUUGGAGAGAGAAGACACAAAAGCUAUUCCUUGGUUACGAUGAGUGUCUGAAUAAUUCGGGUAUUUUUGGAUGAAAAUCUGCUGCUGCUACUGCUGCUGAAGGGGAAAACUGCCAUGGAUUCAUUACGCCCUUCUUUCUGCAUUUCUUAUCAUUUUAUGUGUGGGUGAGUGUGUGUGUGAGUGUGAAAGCACCAAUGGGGCAUAAGCGUGGUAUGUGUGUGUGUGUGGUGUAGUAUGUGUGACUAUAUCUAAAGGUAAGAGGGAAAUAUGCCAGAAACACAUCUUCCAUAAAUCAACAUUUUCUCCAGAGAUUUGUUAAUUUAUGUUUUAGAUUAAGUUAAAUUGUUUUGUUUUUAUCAGACGGUGUUGAUUCAGACUGGCUUUGUGCAAUAAAUGAUCUCCUUAUCGUGUGUUGAUGCUGACAGGUCAGUUGAUUUGUAGGUUUCUGUGUCGUGCUGUUCGUCUGAAUCACUUCCUGUGUAAAACUGUAAACGACCCUUUAACUGUGCACUCGCACCACGUUAACAUGGACCGGCCUCUGGACCUCGUUUGUGUAACACGGCUUUUCUAUGCUUUAUAUUUGUCACUGAAGCUGACAUAGAAACACAAGAAGAAACACACAAACUGUAAAUUGUAUUAUGGUAAUGAAACUGUACUAUAAGGCACUAUAUGACUUGCUAUACAUUUUCAGAAUAACAGAUUAAAUCUU